UAACCAGCCUUCCCUGGCACCAGCAGAAACCCAAGGCCAUCUCUGAUUGCACAAGGCCAUCCCUCUCCCCUUCCCUCCCUCUUGUUCCAGUCUUGCCACUCCCCCAUCUCCCAGUGGUGGCAUUGGGGCUCCCAGGAUGCGGCUGCUCAGCGCUCUGCUGCUCCUCCUGCUCCUGAGUUCCACUGAGCCCAGGAAGGGUGGACGGAGCAGAGAAAGGGGCAGGGCCCGGGGGAAAGGCAGGGCCAAUGCUGUCAAACGCCAAACCUCUGAAUGCAAGGAAUACAUGGAGGCCGGAGAGAAAUACCUGGACUGUCAGGACCGCCAGCUGACCGGGGUGCAACAGCACUGGCCUGAAGACAUCCACCACCUCCUGCUGGCCCGCAACAAGAUCCAGGUGCUCAGAGACAACACCUUCUCCCAGUUCAAGAACCUAAAGAGUCUGGAUCUACAACAGAAUGAGCUCUACAUGGUGGAGGAGGAGGCGUUCGCAGGGCUGGGACAGCUCACUACUCUGCUUCUUCAGCACAACCAGAUGAAGACAGCUUCUGAGGAGCACCUGCUGCCUUUGCCAAACCUCCGCUACCUGCGUCUCUAUGACAACCCCUGGGACUGCCGGUGCUCGCUGGAUAGUCUGGUCAGGACCCUGCAGGUGCCCAGCAACCGUAACCUAGGGAACUACGCCAAGUGUUCGGAGCCGGACGCGCUGAGAGGUCAGAAGCUGAAGAAGAUGAGGCCAGAGCUGCUGUGUGCUGAGGAUGGGGAGGGCCAUCAGCCAGGGCAGAAACCUCAAGAGGGGCAGGGUAAUCUGCCCAAACCACCACCCAUCAAGAAGUACCCUGAUGCCAACUCCUUGUGCCACACCUACAUGUUCCCCAAACCCAUGCUGGACUGCAAGAGCAAAGAACUGAAGAACAUCCCCUCAAGUCUCCCGUCAGACAUUGUGAGGAUGGACUUGUCCAGUAACAGCAUCACUCAGCUCCGGCCCAAGGAGUUUGUUGCUGCCAGGGACCUGAAGCUUCUCAACCUCAGCAGUAACAGUCUGGAUCAGAUCGACACAGGUGAGGAGAGACCAUACACUUCCUUCAAACAGCACAAUCAUUGUGGAU